AGAACAGCUAUUUUCUGCGCAGACGCAAAACCACCUUAUUCGCAUUACUAAUUUACCCUUUGUUGACAAUUACAUGAUGAGAAAGGGAUAGAGAGUGAAAUUUCAGCAUGCCUGCUAAAAGCUCAUUUGGAAAGAAGAAGACUCAAUCUGUCAGACACUAUGCAUCAGUGGUUUUCAGAGAAUCAUCAGUUAAUGUACUUUCUGGCAUAGUGACAGCAGCAACUAUUCCGAGGAAACUUUUCAGAAUCGUUGUCUUUUCGUUAUUUUUAAUUGCAUUUAUGUAUCAAUGUGUACGAUUUCUUAAUUAUGUACUCGAAUAUCCAACAAUUUUGAAUAUCGAUAUAGCGAGUCCAGAUACAUAUAUUGCUCCUGCAUAUACAUGGUGCAAUAAUCAAAAAUUUAGCAGGAAAAAAUAUUGCGAAAAAUAUCCGGACCAUUGCAUGGAAAUUAACGAAGAAUUUUGUAAGGAAAAUGUGCACUACUGCAAGAAUGCAAAUAUAAAAGUAAAAAACGAAUAUCUUCAGAAUAAAACUGAGAUCGGUGAUAUAUAUCAUCUUGUACAUAACAUUGAAGAUACACUGUAUAUAUUACUAUCAACAACUGAGGCACCGCAACUUUCUAUCGAUUUAUUGCUUCGGUUGAGAUCUCUGGAAAAUUUGCUAGAUUUUUCAAUUUGCUUCAAUGCCAACUCCGCAGUAAACAGUCAAGAAAUGCCUUUAGUCUACAAAAGAUUAGAAUAUCACAAAGCCUUUUUCAGAGUGGAUCAUAAAUUCAAGAUAGACUGUCAUGAAGAUGACAUAUUUGAUCCAAACAUUUUGCCCGGAAUACUAUUUGAGGUUCAUUCUCCAUUUGAAGCUGUGAACCCUUUUCUAACAGGGUAUUUUUUGCAGCCUGGAAGACAUUACAAAAUAACAAUUCAUUUAAAAGAAGAAAAGUUGCUUCCUUCUCCGUACAAAACAGAUUGUAUUGAUUAUGAUAACAAAUGGCUGAACAAUGGAAAAUCAGGGCCCAGAUCGCAAGAAAUGUGCCGCCAAAAAUGCAUUGUAGACUUUAUUUCUCAUUGUUUUAACUGCACACAUUUAUUCUUCACUUAUCCUUCUGAUAAAAGAGACCUUUGUCCUCCAGGCAUGAAAAACAUGAAUAUUACAAUAAAUGAUGAAAAUUGCUAUGAGAUGUAUCAGCAGAUAGAGGUUUGCAUUAUGACAUGCAAAGAAGAGUGCUUAAAGGUAUCUUUUUCUACUGAAGUGAAAGAAAUGUACUUAUCGAGAAAUAAACCUGACAACAACUCCACCAGCAAUUCUCGUUUCAUAUAUUUAGAUGUGGACAUCAAUGACAAAGAAAUCACACGUUUUGAAUUCAGUCCAAAAUAUCAGAACGUUGAAGCCUUCAGUUACAUUGGUGGAUUUAUUGGUAUAUGGCUUGGUGUUUCAUUGGUUCAAGUAGCAGAUUUCCUAGAAUCUAUCUUUCUCAUCAUUCGUUACUUUCUUAAGAAAAACCGCAGGCCCCUGAAAGAGAUUGAAGUCAGUAGCUAGGAUUUAAAGAACAAAACUAGUUUUAUUUAUUUUUGCAACUAUGUAUAACUUUUUUUCAUGAUAAAAAGACAUCAAAAAGUGAAGAAAAAAUUCAAUUUGUUUCAGACGCAAGAAAUUUAAAAUUUUCUAACAGCCUUAUUGAAACCUUGAUGUUAUGUUUUUGAAAUGUAAUUUAGUAAUGAUGGAAAUAUCUAAAACUCAAACUGUUUAAAGACAGGACAAUUAAAUAUUGUAAUUCUAGUUUUAUUUAUUUAUUUAUUGUUACUAUGUGGAGUUUUUUUUUUCACUGUAAAAAGUUCUCAGAAGGUUCAGAAACUUUUCGAUUUAUUUCUGACUCAUGGAAUUUCGAAUUUUCCAGCAGUUUUAUUAAAAUCUUAAUACUAUUUUUCUAAGAUGUAAUUAAGAAAUGAUGGAAAUAUUCAAAACUGAAACUGUUAACAACAGCACUAGUAACAAUAAAGAUUAUCAAAUAUUUCAAAA